AUGUUAGGAAAUUUAUUCAAUAAAAAUAAUAGAAGGAACCAAAAUAAUAAUAAUAAGAGUAAGAAUGAUUUUAAUGAAGCAAAUAAUAACUAUUCUAUUUCUGUGACAUCAGUUAAAGAUAAUUUUAUAUCAGAUAAUGAUUUUGCAUCAACGAGCUCAAAAGUUUUCCAAAAUUUUAAUAAUUAUUCAUCAAACAACCACCAUCUAAAACCUACUACGGUAGUAGCGAAAAGCGCUACUGGUGCAUUUCUAGGCUCCAAUCUUGACGACAUAUCUCACUCUCAACAAAAGAAAUAUUUUCAUCACUCACACCAUAUCACUAAUCCACCUAUAUUAGAUCAUAUCUCUGAUGAUUUAAAAUAUUGUUUAUUCGGCACGAAAAAUGUACUUUAUUCCAAUACUACAGACACUACCCAGAUGGCUACUAUAAAAGAUAAAAAUUACGCUUUUAGGAUUCUUAUAGCUGAAGAAACCGGACAAAUUGCAUGUAGAAACAACUACAAGGUCUCUUUAGAUUAUAGUUUUCCUCGUGGUUCUGAUAUUGAAAAAAUUAGACCAAAUGAAUUAAAACAAUACACUUUUGGCUCCAUGGUAAGAACUAAUGAUUCUCUAAAAGAUAAUGAAAAGUUUAGAGUGAUCCCUAAUUCGGAAUUUAUUUUAAUAACUAAAAUCUUUCAUUUUAAGACAAUACCGAAUAGAUUUUCGAUAUCGUUAUGUAUCCCAAAAAUUUUAUUAUCAGUAAUCACUGAAUGUUGGAGUGAUAUCAAACAAUGGUUAGAUUUAACCCAAAGUUUAACCAUUUUACAAUUAGAAAAAAUUGUAAUUGAUAAUACAAUAACUAACUAUAACGUUGGACUUUUACCACCAGAUUAUAAUUCCCAUUUCCCAAAAGUUGUAGACACAAUUGUUCACGAUUUGCAAAGAAGAAUGAUACCUUGUUUUAAAGCAUUUUCUGAAAUACCCAGAUUAUUUAUAUACCCAGAAAUUUGCCCGGAGUUUGUGAAUACUUGGUUUAAGGAGGUUUUUAAUUGGAUAGAAAUUAAAGACGGUCCUAAGUUAAAUUUUUUGUCCACAUUAAUAGCUACAAUAUUGUUAGAUGUUAAAGAUUUUCUGAUAGAAAACAAGUCUACAAGAUUGGUGCUUUUAUCUGGUAAUCCCUUAGUGGCUAAUAAAUUAGUAUUCAUACUUGCAAACCUGUUGGAACCAAGAUUUAGAGGAUCUUUAGACCUUUUCAAUAAACCACAUCCUGAUAAAAAUAUUAAUAAUAAUAAUAUUAGCAAACCAACUAACCCGAUAAAGGAAGAAAAUAUUGAAGAUACAGUAACUAUAGAUAAAAUUUUGACUUACAAUAAUAAAUCUCGUAAAAAUAAAGAACACAAUAUAGAUAAAAGUAGUCUCACUCCUACCAAGGAAACAGAUUCAAUCUCAAAUAUUCUAAUUAACUCGCCCUCUUCACAAAUUUUUUAUGAUUCAAAAAAGGGUUGGGAAAUCCCCCAAAAAAAAUCCAGUAGUUUUCGGUCUACAUCUUUGUCAUCAGAUGAUUCUAUAGCUGAAGUUAUUCAACCAUCAUCAUUCAACAGUGGAAGCAGUUCACUUCGAUACCUGUCUACCUCAAUAUCGAGCCAACCGGGGUCUUAUGGAUCUUGGUUUGGCAAGAAGCCUUCAUUGCAUCGAUUCUUAUCUCAGAGUCCAUCUAUAAAAAAUAAUGACUCUUGGGAGAGAGUUUCCAUAAUAUCUAAUCCAUACAGUUUACAGACUUGUAACAACAACACCAAUAUAAAUGGAUGUAUUAAUAAUUAUUGUAGUCCAUAUAGUAGCAACUCAAACAGUAAUAGUAACAUUAAUUGUACUGUACAAAGGAGUUCAAGCGGGACUUCAUUAUUUCAAAAUUUUAAUCGUUUAUACAAUACUGGGAGUACUUCUAAUCAAACACCACAACCGUCACCUUCUAUUAGUGAGUAUGAUGAAUAUCCUUGGUUUGGAACAACUCCAGAAUCACCUAGGAUGGAAAGUGGAUCUUUAACCAUCAAUAAUAAACCAUUAUGGCAGAAUAAACCACUAAACAAUAUUAACAUAACUAGGGACUGCCAGAAGAUCAGUCAAUCAAAUGUUAUAGAUGAUGCAUUUGAAAGGAUAUGUAUAUCCUCCAGCGCAAUUUACUAUGAUAAUGAUAAUGAUAAUAAUAUGCUUUUUGGAGGGAGUAUUUCCAAGGGCACAGACACACAUGCUGCUGUAUUAGAACUAAAUUAUGAACCACCUUCCAAAAGAGAUGGCUUUUUAGAAACAUUACCAAGAUAUACAUCAUAUAUUACUCAUUUUAAUUAUUGGUUUCAAAUUCAAGCAAUUCCAAUUACACCAGAUUCUGAAAGACACAUCAUUUCGGCAAUGAAGAAAGAUUUACAAAAAGAUUUAUAUUCUAAUACCUUUUAUGUCUCGCUACGGUCCAGAGAAAUUAAAAAAAUUAUAAUGAAAAAAGACAUUAAAUCUGAAGCAGAAGUAAAUCUGAAACAAAGAAUUAGAAUGAUUUUUAAUAAUGGGAAGUAUGGACACGUUACUACUGAGUUUAUGAAUUGUAUUGAAUUCGUAAAUAACUCUGUGAAGAAAGCUAGAACAUUGUAUGAAGAUCGCGAAAUAGAUGUUCAGACAAGAGACAACCAGCUAGUAAGCAUCUUUUUAUCUAUUUUAAAUUGUAAUAAAUGA